UCCUGAUGAGGUCCCAUAUUAAUGAUUUACAGGCAAAACUCCAGAGUUUAAAGGAGUGGGAAUAAACGAAGCUAGUGAGAUCUGCAGAGAUGUCUGACAAGCCAGUGUGCAUUGCAGAUUUUGAGGAGUAUGCUAAAACCUUUCUGCCCAAGUCCGUGUACGAUUAUUACCGAUCUGGGGCGGAUGACCAGGAAACCCUGGCAGAUAAUGUCGCAGCGUUUUCCAGGUGGAAGCUGUACCCGCGGGUGCUCAGGGACGUGUCGGUGAUGGACCUGUCCAGCCGUGUCCUGGGGCAGAGCGUCGCCGUGCCCGUGUGCGUGGCCGCCACCGCCAUGCAGCGCAUGGCUCACCCCCACGGAGAGACGGCCACAGCCCGAGCCUGCCAGGCCGUGGGGACAGGGAUGAUGCUGAGCUCCUGGGCCACCUCGUCCAUCGAGGAGGUGGCGGCGGCAGCGCCGUCCGGCCUGCGCUGGCUGCAGCUCUACGCCUACAAGGAGCGGCAGGUGACGGCCUCGCUGGUGCGGCGCGCCGAGAGAGCCGGCUACCGGGGCAUCUUCCUCACCGUGGACACGCCGUACCUGGGCCGGCGCCUCGCCGACGUGCGCAACAGGUUCCGGCUGCCCCCGCACCUCAGUUUAAAGAACUUCUCGAGCAGUGAGCUGGCAUUUUCCUCGGGGAAGGACUUUGGAGACGACAGCGGGCUGGCUGUGUACGUCGCUGAGGCCAUCGAUGCCACCGUCAGCUGGGAGGACGUCAAGUGGCUGCGGGGGCUGACCUCGCUGCCCAUCGUGCUGAAAGGGAUCCUCAGGGCUGAUGAUGCCAAAGAAGCUGUAAAGCUUGGGGUAAACGGGAUCCUGGUGUCAAAUCAUGGAGCACGACAGCUUGAUGGGGUCCCUGCUACAAUUGAUGUCUUGCCUGAAAUCGUGGAGGCAGUGGAGGGGAAGGUGGAGGUGUUCCUGGAUGGUGGGGUGAGAAAAGGCACGGACGUUCUCAAGGCACUGGCUCUUGGUGCCAAAGCUGUUUUCGUUGGGAGACCUGUCCUCUGGGGACUGGCUUAUCAAGGUGAAGAAGGAGUAAAAGAAGUUCUCCAGAUGCUGAAGGAAGAGCUUCGCCUGGCAAUGGCACUGACAGGAUGCCGGAGAGUAGAAGAAAUUGGCAGGACACUGAUCAGAAGACAUCAGGGAUUGUUUUCCAAGAUUUAGGUCUGAAGACUCUUGCCUUGUGCGUUGCCUGUUGUGCUUCCAGACAAAAUCCAACUGCAUUCCUUCUGUGGGCCUCCUCCUGCAAUCCUGACUGAAGGAUCGCUCUGCUCUGUAGGAAAUCACUUGUUGAAGAAAGAACUCAAAGCAAAUUUUAUAGGUGCUUUCAGAUCUCUCAGGCUCUUAAGGAAAGCUGCUACACUGGGAGGUGUGAUUAGAGAUGGGCCUUUAUACAAGGCCAGCAUAGAAACUUCAAGGUGUUUUGCAACAAAUGCUGAUAAUUAAUUUCCAUGCCUGGGAGUAAUUUAGCUGUUAAAGUGAAACUAUAAACAGAAAUGCUGAAAUUUAAAAUGCAAAAGAUGCUUCUUGCUCACUGUUUAGAGAAACUAGACUGUAGAUUGUAGAGAUUAAAUCUUGCUUUCCAAUGAACAGAAUGUCCUUUCCCUAGUGACUUUAUAAGCAUCUGGGCUUGUGGCACGUAGGCUGUAGGAGCCCAGAGGACUCUUCGUUGUAAGGAACCAAAGAGCAAAGCAAAACUGGGGAAAUUCAGCAGUUUAAGUGGCACAAGCCCCUCUGCAAUCAGACAGCUGUUACCUAUGUGCAUUGGAUGCACGUCAGAGCCUUGGCUACUGCAAAUCCCUCUAGCCCAAACUGUGCCAGCUGCAUCCACCUGGAGCUCCGAGUCACAUUUUUCACCUGGACUGAUUUGCUCAUAGUGGCAAGGGAAGGCUGAUGCUGCCUGGGAGAGUUUGUAGAAUUUGCAGCCAUGUGCAAAAGGGAAACUGGAAUAAUUGAGGCAUUAACCCAUGACUUGGGAAGGGCCUAGUGGCUCUGUUGAGUUUCCAUGCACACCCCUAAGUCAGAUAAAUCUUGGUGUUCUUCAUUCUGCUCAUGAUGGGAUCGUGCAGGAUCUGUGCCUCUGUUCUCUGAACAACCCAAAUAUCCACUGAAUUCAGGAGAAAUUUUGCAACUGUAAAGAAUAAAGCAGGUAAGAUUAUACUGUUCUCAUCUUAGGGAAAACCAAGGCUAGCUCUUCACCUGUCUCAUCUCCCUUGCAGGUAUGGCAGUUUUACAGGGAGCAGGGAAAGGCUACACAGGUUUUGAAUAUCUUGCUGUGAAAAUUUAAUGUUCAUUUUUAAAGAAGACCAAAAAAGAUGAAAACCCCUUAAUUUCAUGGUUUCACUGAGAUCACCAGCUCCACCAUUUGUUUCCCAUCAGCCUCGUGCAUUCUGACUCUCCCGCUUUGCUCAGUUUGAAAUAUCCCUUACUGAGCUUUAGAGGCAGCUUUGUAAUGAAAUGAUGGAAUAUUAUAAUGGGAACUAAAGCUGGGGCUGGAACUCGAAAUGGGGAGAAAACCCAAAAGGCCACAUGCUUGCCCUCCAGUUGUAAAAUCUGUACUCUUAUUUACUGCAGAAUAUGCUCUGUUGUGUGAGAGUUGCGUAGCAACAAAAUAAAGUUUAUCUGUGCAAGGAAAUAUGAAUGUUUCUGAGAGAACAGAGAAACAUAAUUUCUGCUGUUUACUGCACUUAUCAUAUCUGUUGCAAUGUGGACUGUGUCAGAUGUCAAUUACAGAGUAACUUCGGCAAGACUGUUUAUUUGAGAUAAUAUAAAUGUUACUUAAAAGACAGGGGCAUAAUAUCUUAUGUUUACAUGUUUAAGAUCUAUUUCUAAAGCUCAGAAGAUGCAGUUUCCUGUCUUUGCCCCAGCCAGAUUCGAGGAAAGUUCUGAAACUCUGUGGUUCAGUGGAAGUUCUGAUGGCGAGGAAACCGGUUUUGUUACUUGUGCGUAAUUCACUGGUUCUGGUUCCUCUGGGAUAA